AUGGUUCUUCCGGACAUCCUAGCCUCAAGCUAUGGGCGCUAUAAAGAAGACACCAAUCUGUUCGCCACUUGGUUAACGAAAGCAGCACAGGCCACAAGAUAUGAGACCGCGAAAACACAACCAGCGGCUCCAGUGAUGACAUCGCCGAAAUCGAAAGGUCGUGCUCGUAUGCUUGCGAAGAAGGCGGCAACCGAGUCCGGCAAAGUCAAUGGAGCUCCCUCACCAAAGGCGACUACGCCCGAACAACCAAGACCAGCGGCUCGCUACAUGGUUGGCACAGUCAAGAUCAUUCGUCAAGCUGAGGCUGUAGCAGCGUCUACCAAGUACUUCCAGUUGCCAACGCCUAUUCUGCAGGCAGUAGAGCGCGCCAUUCCUGCUAGAGAGAGAUGUACCAGAUAUUUCCGGACUGGUACCCAAGCCGCCAAAGAUCGUGCCAGUGACGAAAAGCACGAUCGCUUUACAGAAGUCUUGAGAAAAGCGCGGGAGUACGAGUCGGCAGGGCAGAAUGGGAGUUAA